CUAUGGUUCACCAGAUGGAUUUAACCCAAGUGCGUGUACUAAACCUUCAGCGCACAAGUGUGGGCGCAACUUGCUGGUCCCUACUUCUGCCACAAUAUUUUCUGCAAUUCACACGCACAUAACUUAGGUAAGCUUGUCUCAAGUCAUGCCGGGAUCCAAGUUUUUGAGUACAGAGUAAGGAGGUUUAUCAUCAUAUCAAAGCUUCCAGACAGCUUUCUGUCUCUGGAUCUUCUGUUUCUGUUCUACCUGGAAGGCCUAAGCUUCAGGUCUCGAGGGAAUAAUGUUAGCUAUAUGAACUGCCUUUACUCCUUCCGAAUUACUUUAGCUCUUACUUUUAGCUGAGCCUGUCACAAUGGGGGAGGACUCAACUCCAUGGAUGGCAGAGGGACUUCAGCAAUCAUCAUCACUACGACGAUCGAGCGUUCCGCAGAACCUCAUGAUUAUGGUUCCCCACGAUGUUUCUACAGAGGAGGCGAGCUUCACUCCCCCUUUGGAUGACGAAACGCCACAAUAUAGCGUCUCCAAGAAAGAUGCUGUCAAUGGAAUCAAUGAGACACAUGGGGUCUCCAGCAAACGAGUAGCGUUGGGCACAGGAUUUGAGCCUUCCAGCUCCAGGCAGGCCGACCGUGAUAUUGACACUGUUGGUGAUAGGGGUGUUACGGGACGCCAAGGAGACAUACCCGCUCGGGCUAAGCCUGAUUCCGUUCCCUCGCGAAACGCAUCAGAUAAAUCUGUGAAGGCAAAACAGCAGAGGCCACAAGGUUCCUCAACUCCACAAGGUCGUCGGAGCGUCCAGUUCGCUCGAGCCGCUUCGGACACUGAGGGAGUGGGAGCAUCACAUUCAAGGACUUCCUCUAUAGGGCCAGAAGAUGGAGACCAAUUCUCAAAAGACCGCCGCUUGCAUUCGUCACUGUUUUCAAAACUGAAGGCAUUCGCCGCCUCCCCUCCCUUCCCUACGCAUACCCGCACUGCCAGUGGCCUAACCUUUGGAGACGAAUCCGUGGAACCCAGACCACCUGGCGAUACUGCUACUCCAGGAUCUGAAAGAGGGGAAUUCCGUUUUCCGAACACUCUUGAGGAGGAAGGAAGCGAGAUGGAUGCUGAUGCCGAAUCCAGUUCUGGGGAACAAGCGAGUGGUAUCCCGAAAAGGAAGCGGAAAACUCGCAGACCACCCGGUUCGGGGUCUCAUACGGCUCCUGCGACUCCGAAGUCAAGCGCGCGGUCGCAUUUCCCACCAAAUGCCUCCUAUACACAUGGCGACAAUUUCUUCGGAGGCCAUUUCUCUCGCAGGACUGACCCAAUCGCCAUGACCCCUCCGACACGUGAUGGUGUUUCUGAAGACGAAGGUCGAGAAAGGCUAAAACGCGAUAAUAUGUGGAGAAGACGAAACGGAUGGCUACAUAGCGCCCGCGGGUUAAGUUAUAGUGGCCCAGCUCGGCCUGAAGGUCGAAGUUCUCAAGAUGAGAAAAGGCUAAGUAAUUUUCGACGGUUAACUGGAAUUGGGGGCCAGUCAGACCAUGGUGAGGGUCUUACAGCAACAUGGAGACGACACAAAGGAGAACGUGGUUCAAGCCUUAGCGCCCAGAAAUGGCGACAGAUCAAAGCAGGACUAAAAAUGAUCGGGCAACGCAAAAAGGUUGAAACCACAGUAGACCACGUCAAGUCUGCCGAGCUGCUUGCGGAGCUUACCUCUGGCAUCCCUGCUGCUCUUUUGUUGGCAAGUAUGUUCCAAAGAGAUGAGCAUGGAAGCCGACGUAUCCCUAUUCUCCUCGAACAGCUGAAAGUUCAUAUCACGGACAGCAAAUUCGACCCACACUCAAGUGAUCGCCAUUUGAUCUUCCGAAUAGAGCUGGAGUAUGGCAGUGGGAUGACACGAAUGAAGUGGGUAAUUAACAGAACUCUCAGGGAUUUCGCCAACCUCCACAUAAAGUAUAAACUCCAAAUUGGGACCAGGAGGUAUAUUCAGCUCAAAGCCCACGACUCAACGCACCCUCUUCCACAUUUCCCGAGAAGCGCUUUCCCUUACCUGCGCGGUGUUCGGGGCUUGGAGAGUGAAGGGGAAGAGGAAGCAGAUGAGGGAGGUUAUGAAACUGCAGGGGAUGGUACAAGUGGGAAUGAAAGAUCAACAAAGAAAAAGAAGCGACGCUCAUCACUAGGACUCCCCCGGAGACGGUCGAGUUUGACUGCUCCAGCAGAGAGCAUUGCCUCAGGAGCCCUGGAGCCAGGCGUUACGCGCGCUGCGUCCAUCGCGGGUGUGAAAAAGGAAUCGUACCCGGAGCGCCAACGGAAGAAGCUUGAGAUCUAUCUCCAACAAAUGAUCCGUUUCCUUAUUUUCCGCCCUGACAGCAACAGACUUUGCAAAUUUUUGGAACUUUCAGCACUGGGUGUUCGGUUGGCAUCGGAGGGGAGCUAUCAUGGCAAGGAGGGUUUCCUCGUUAUUCAGUCUUCUAAAGGACUAGAUUUUCGGAAAGCACUGAAUCCUUCCAUGAUAAAAUCGCGACACUCGCCGAAGUGGUUCUUGGUACGGCAUAGCUAUGUCGUUUGUGUUGAUUCGCCUGAAGAAAUGAACAUCUACGACGUCUUUUUGGUAGACCCUUUCUUCCAAAUUCAGCCCCAGAAAGUACGGCUGCGUGACCAAAAACCCAAACAAUUGGCUCGGUCCGCGAAGGAGUCGGCCGCACAUCCACAACACCAUACGCUGAAACUUCAAAACUCUGAACGUAAGCUGAGAUUACUUGCUCGAAAUGAGCGUCAAUUGCAUCAGUUUGAAGAUUCGAUUCGAUUUAUGGUGGAUACCACACCUUGGUCCAAACCUAAUCGAUUCGAUAGCUUUGCCCCCGUACGUCCGAACUGCUUCGCUCAGUGGUUGGUCGAUGGCCGUGACUAUAUGUGGGUGGUGUCUCGCGCCAUAAACCAGGCCAAGGACGUCAUUUACAUCCAUGACUGGUGGUUGAGUCCCGAACUCUACAUGCGGCGACCAGCUGCUAUUAGCCAGAAAUGGAGACUCGAUAGAUUGCUUCAGAAGAAAGCGCAGGAGGGUGUCAAGGUUUUUGUUAUAAUGUAUCGAAACAUCAACUCUGCCAUCCCUAUUGACUCGGAGUACUCCAAGUUUUCGUUGCUAGAUUUGCAUCCGAAUAUCUUUGUGCAAAGAUCCCCCAACCAGUUUAGACAAAACACGUUUUUCUGGGCUCACCAUGAAAAGCUAUGCCUCGUUGACCAUACCCUCGCAUUUAUUGGAGGCAUUGAUCUUUGCUUUGGGAGAUGGGAUACUCCACAGCAUCUUCUUACAGAUGAUAAAUUGACAGGGUUUGAACUGACUGAUGUGCCUAAAGAUGCCGAUCAUUGCCAGCUCUGGCCAGGGAAGGAUUACUCGAACCCGAGAAUUCAGGAUUUCUAUGAUCUCGACAAACCGUAUGAAGAAAUGUAUGACCGCGAGGUCAUUCCUAGAAUGCCAUGGCAUGACGUUGCCAUGCAUGUGGUAGGACAGCCGGCUCGUGAUCUGACUAGGCACUUUGUUCAACGGUGGAAUUACAUUCUACGGCAACGAAAGCCAACUCGUCCAACUCCGUUCUUGCUCCCUCCGCCAGAUUUUGAUCCUGCGGACUUGGAAUCCCUUGGUCUCGAUGGCACGUGCGAGGUUCAGAUUCUUCGUUCAAGCAGCACUUGGUCAACCGGAACGCCUGAUGUGACUGAACACAGCAUUAUGAAUGCAUAUGUUAAGUUGAUUGAGCAGUCGGAUCAUUUCGUUUACAUAGAAAACCAGUUUUUUAUUACUAGUUGUGAAAUUGAAGGGAAGAAGAUUGAAAAUCUUAUUGGGGAUGCUCUCGUGGAACGAAUUAUUAGAGCAGCUAGCAAAGGUGAAGAUUGGCGGGCUGUGAUCCUGAUACCUCUCAUGCCUGGUUUCCAAAAUCAGGUUGAUACGGAAGGAGGCACUAGCGUUCGUUUAAUCAUGCAAUGUCAAUAUCGAAGCAUAUGUCGCGGAGAGACAUCCAUCUUUGGCCGACUUCGAGCAGCUGGUAUUGAGCCGGAAGACUACAUCCAAUUCUUCAGCCUGAGGUCAUGGGGAAAGAUCGGGCCCGGGAAACAUUUAGUCACAGAACAGCUGUAUAUCCAUGCCAAGUGCAUGAUUGUUGAUGAUAGAGCUGCGAUAAUUGGCUCUGCUAAUAUCAACGAACGUUCUAUGCUUGGCUCGAGAGAUUCUGAGUGCGCUGCAAUCGUUCGCGAUACCGACAUGCUGUGGUCCAUCAUGGGAGGAAAUCCGUACCUUGUUGGCCGUUUCCCUCACACUUUUCGGAUGCGGCUUAUGAGAGAGCAUAUUGGUAUAGACGUCGAUGAAAUUAUGGAACAAGCGUUAGAAGCCGAAGCCGAAACUGGCCAAACGAAUGCGCGGAGCGAACCAAACGGUCCUUAUAACCAUAGCGACGAGAUGCUCGAUCGUGAUUUUGACGAGGCUACCGAAAAACAAGGCGAAAGAGAGUUAUUAGAGCGAAGACACCGAAUACAGGAUGAAUUCCUUGCUAGAUCGGAGGAAAUGCGCAGCUUCAACCACGAUGUUGAUUGGGAACAGGCGAACAACCCCAAUCUUAAGAGUAACAAAAAGCUCACCCAGGACUCGAGAAUAAUGAGGAAUGAGGACCACAAGAAGGAUCUGGAGGGCCAUGGAAUUGACCAAAUGAAGAUCAUUCAGGAGGCUGGUCAUGGUGAUGGUCGUGACUCGUUCAUUGUGGAUGAUAGGAUGGAAUUCCUUGUCCCGGGAUCACCUGGAGAUACUCAAACCCAAAGGGGACAAUCUGGAGUUCGCAAAGAACCGCCAUCUCGGACUGGAGAUCAUACCGAGCAUGGGGACGUUCCACUGCCUACAGCACAGGGCCUUGGCCCAAGCGACUCCGGCUCCAGACCGUCCACCCAACCUACGGUUCAUGAUUCAUCAAGCAAUGGUGAUGAUCCUUCACAGCAAGCUGCUCAGGAUCAUCCUAACACAACGCAUUUGUUCUCGUCUGAAAUAAACCGCCCCAUCGUUGACAAAGACUGCAUGAGGGACCCUCUGAGUGAUUCCUUUUAUUUGGAUAUUUGGCAAACCAUAGCUGAAAACAACACAAAGUUGUAUCGCAGUGUUUUCCGCUGCAUGCCCGAUAACGAGGUCAAAACAUGGAAAGAAUACAAAGAAUAUAUUGCCUAUGCUGAACGCUUCGCUAAUAUGCAGGGCCAGAGCAGCUAUGAAACCAAACCCAACGAAGCCAAAACUCACCCGGAAGCUACCAAAAUGACAGAUCCUCCUGGCACUGCGGAGAUCCCUAAUUAUCUUGCCAAAGCCGAAAAGAUGGGAAAUGAUUUGAAGGAAAAGGUCCUGAAUCCAGCUAAAAGUGAAACAUUAGCUACCCAAGAGGAAUUGAGACACUGGGCCUCAGAAGCAAACAAAGCGCAGAUCGAGAGGAAUAGGCUCGAACUUUCUCAUCAGGAGACCGGUACAUCCCAGGGAGAAAAAGACCCAUUGAAGACGGUGGAGACGAAAUUUUCGCAGUCUAGCCAGAAUUUGGACGGCGCGACGGCAUCGUUCCCUGAGGCGGAGAAGAGCCCGCAGAGACGGGUUGAAGGUAGCCUACAACCAACCGCCUCAACGUCCCAGAGGCGGAGACGGAGAGCAACGACUCGUAGUUCGCGGCGGGAAUUCCAUGCUUCUGACGAUAUUAUAUCGAAAAUUGAAGCAGAGGAGUUGAUGAAUCUAGUACAAGGCCAUCUCAUAGUUUGGCCAUAUGAAUGGCUAGAGCGAGAAGAACAAGGAGGGAACUGGCUAUACACUCUCGACCAGAUAUCUCCUUUGGAAAUAUACAAUUAAUCGUUCGACUGUGUCACCACCACACAUACUCGGACAAUCAACACUCAUUUUCUUUUCUUCUUCUCUCUUUUUCCCACGCGAUUAUAAACCCGUUUUAAUACCUUUUCUAUUUUCCAUUUUGACCUGUGACACUUUUAGUAAGUACUCGGACUAACAUUUCUUAGAACAUUUCCCUUUAGAAUAUUGAAUUGCAUGUUUCCCUAUCCUUCCCUUUUCUACCCCAUUUGUAAUUACGGCAUUUUCUAGCUUCCAUCCUCUUCUCUUCUUCGUCCUCCAUGCUGCUACUACGAUUGCAUUUUUCCCUUUUGUUUUUUCAAAGUGUUAGGCUACAUCAUUUAGUAAGUUUCCCUUUUUAGCUCACCCGUCGUCUCUCUUCUUUCGCUCCUCCUGCCUCCGUUUCUAGACCAUUUAUUCUUUUAAUUUUCGUUCACCCCACUACCCAGUUCUCACUGCACUGUAUUUCAUUUUCUGUUUCCUUUCGAUUUACUGCCUACGCUUUUUGUCCGUUUCAUUUUCAUUUUUUGUUUUUCAGUUGGCAUGUAUACACACACUCACACAAAUACAUGUAUAUAUAUAUAUAAAUUGGACUUCCUUUUUUUUUUUUUUUCUUCUUGAUAGCACACUCCACCCCACUUACCAACUUGCACACCAUUUAGGCUCCACCAACUCACCAACGUAAGGAAGCAAUGUACUGUCGAGGAGAUCUUCCUGUGGCCCGAUCCAGCUGCACCGGCCAAAAAAAAAAAAAAAAAAAAAAAAAAAAAGCGCAUUAAUUAUGCCAUAUAUAAUUUAUAGCAGGAAGGAGUGCUUAUGAAGCACCUAGGUGGAUGAGGCUCAUCCAUAUCGCGCUUGAGGUCACUUGUAUCAUUGAAGUUCCCUGAUGGCUAUGGAAAAUAAAAGUCGUAAAAAAUCCAUUCCGGGGACAGUCGCUGCCAAUUAAAUUAUCAAUCAACUAAAGAAGCCAAAGGAAAACUACGUUAUCCAGCUACCUAUACUCCGUAUGUCAGGUAGGCUGUGUUCGGGAUAGGGUAGGGGGGUCGAGAAGAGAAGGAAGGCCAAUUUUAGCUGGCUUGGUGAGAGUGGAAUGAACAUUUCUUGCACCCAUCUUCUCCCCUCUCGUUGUCUUCAUUUUCGCCAUGGCAUGAUUUCAAGAUUUAUUGCAUUGCCUUUGGGCUAAUUGAUGAAAAGCUCAAGGGUUUACAACUACAAUCUGCAGCUACGGGUAGGUGCAUGAUCUUGUGUGGCGAUGCAUUCCUUUGUUUUAAAUUGUUCGCGGGCUAAUCGGAGGAUCUCGUCAUUACCUGCUAUUAUUAUUAUUAUUAUUAUUAUUAUUAUUAUUAUUAUUAUUAUUAUUAAUUUUUUGUCCCUGUGGUAAAGGUUCUUGUUGGAAUGAAG